AAGAAAACAAGAAACGAAUUGUUGAUGGUUAACUAAAAUUUUAAUUUCUGAUUCGAUUUCGGUUUAACCGAACCGAAUUGCAAAACCCAGAAACAGAAGCAGCGGACGAAGAAUCCAUUUUCAAAGAUAUUUUUUUUCUCGAUCGUCGCCGUUAAAGUCUGCAAUCUCAUUGCUCAUUGGUGAAUCCAAUCCCUAAUUCGUAUGUCAGAUUCUGUGUCCGGCGAUUUUCCUCCCGAUCCACUUCUCGCCUCCGGAGCCUUCAUCUCCUCCGCCGGUGACGGAACCCUAGACAGUAGUUCGAAACGGCGACCGAUUCAGGGAGGAAUCGGAGUUUCUGGUUCGGGAGAGAGCGUACGCAUCGGGAUGGCUAACGGUACCGAUCAGGUGAAUCCAUCGCCGGAUAGUUCGAGUCAUCAGGCGGAAUCGAAGUCGCGGAAGCGUGCGGCGCCUGGAGAUAAUUGGUUGCCUCCUGGUUGGAGAGUUGAAGAUAAGAUUCGAACCUCCGGUGCCACAGCUGGUUCGGUGGAUAAGUACUAUUACGAACCAAAUACAGGGAGAAAGUUUCGGUCCAGGACCGAGGUACUGUACUACUUGGAACAUGGAACCUCUAAAAGAGGAGGCACCAAGAAAGUUGAGAAUACUGAUUUCCUGUCAGAUCAUUUUGAAGGCCAGGGAAGCAAUAGAGCAAGGAGAAAAGCUAAAGAGCCUCCACCGCCGCCACCACCAUUGGACUUUGAUUUUAAGAAUCCACCAGAGAAGGUAAGCUGGUCUAUGGCAAAAGCUGGAGAAGAAGCUUGGAUACCUAUUAUUGGGGACGUCAAGGUUCAAGACUCAGUGAGACGAGAUUGGAGCACUGCGUUUACUUUUAUCACAAACCGAAACCCAAGUAAACUGUCGUCUUGAAGACAAAGAUGACAUGGUGGUGAUUUUUGGGUUGUUGCAUCUGUUGUAAGAUAAUCAGAGAUGUUAGGGUUACUUAAUUGGGUGAUUCUUGUUUAGUCUUCAUUCAUCAAAUUAUGUGUACUAUAAAUUUUUAAUCGUUUUUGGGAAGAAUAUGAUAAUGUGAUGCAGAACGUGGUCUCCAUUCGCCUU